AGACGGGAGGGGGUUGGGGAGUGUACGGGGUGGUGGUGGCAGGGGUUGAUGGGGGAGGGAAUCGGUGACAUCGGUAGAAUGCUGCAAAUCCAGGGACUACAGGGCAGAGAGAUCGGAAGGAAAUGAGCAGGCAGGGAGGACAAAGCUGAGGCCCCUGUUUCAGGUGGGAGGAUCCUGCUGCAGGUGAAGGUCUUUGUGAAGCUGGCGGGAAUGAGUGUGAUGGGGAGGGUGGGUCAGCAAGGGCCAGAAGCCGAUGGAAGAGUCUGUGCUUCAACUAACCAUGCUCUCGGGAUACACACAAGAGCACUCAGGUGCACACACUUCCAUGUGCACACCUGUUCACCCACCCAAGUACACUGACCCACAUGUACAUAUUCACACACUCAUGCCUGCAUGUGCACCCAUUUUCAUACACACACAUAAACAAACACACAAGCGCACAUAGAACACACACAACCCAGGCGCACACAGGCUCAUGCAGUCCCAAAAGCACACACAAACUCUCAGGCACAUAAGAGCGUGGUCAGAGCCGUUCACAACCCAUACAUGCUCCAUCGUGCACAGCCCCGCACAUACAAAGUACACACACAGUCAGAUAUUUGUAUACACACUGCAUUUGCAUGCACACUACAAACAUUUACAGUUACAUUCUUGCACAUGUAUUUUCACAUUCACAUGCACACACAGAGAGACACACAAACACGCAUGCAGAAGUCAUACCUGGAGAGAGAGACACACAUACACACUGUUACAUGCGGUACAUACACACACUCACACCUGCAAACACACUAGUGCAUGCAGUAUGCACAUGCACACAUACUAUUGCACGUGGCACACUCCCACGCUCCCCAUGCACCACAGACAACCCCAGCCGUGCUAUCACUUUGACGAAUCAUUCAGCAGCAAAGCACUCCUGCUUCCCCCACCCCAGCAGUUGAAUGUGGUGCUCUGCAGAGAAGCAUGAUGGACUGUGGCAUCCUCACUCCCAGGAUUGCUUCAGCUCUUCACUGCAGCUCCUGGGCUUGAGAGCAAAGCCAGGAGAGGAGGGAGGAUUACAUAGCAGAGCUGAAGCAACAAUCUACGGGGGGAUUCUUCUCCUGGAGGGGACGGAGGACAGGCCAGGGAGAUGGCUGAGCUGCAGCCAGGUAAAGUGAUGCGGAGGGGGCAAGUCCUUGCCUUCCUCCUGUUCAGCCUGGCCUACCUCUGGCUGCCUGCAGGCUCCAAGCGAGCCCCCAAGCUGCCCCCGUGUCCCCAGAGCUGCUCCUGCACCAGGGACACUGCCUUCUGCAUCGACUCCAAAGCUGUCCCCAGGAACCUGCCCACGGAGGUCAUUUCCCUGACCAUGGUGAACGCGGCCUUUACUGAAAUCAAAGCAGCAGCCUUCGCUCACAUCCCCCUCCUGCAGUUCCUAUUACUGAACUCCAACAAGUUUAUGCUGAUCGGGGACGAUGCCUUCACCGGCCUCUCCCACCUGCAGUACCUGUUCAUUGAGAACAAUGACAUCCGCUCUCUGUCGAAAUUCACCUUCCGAGGGCUGAAGUCCCUGACACACCUAUCUUUGGCCAACAACAACCUGCAGACGCUGCCCAGAGAUAUCUUCACAUCCCUGGACAUCCUCAGUGACCUGGACCUCCGGGGCAACGCUUUGAUCUGCGACUGCAAAAUCAAGUGGCUGGUGGAAUGGGUGGAGAGGACCAAUGCCACGGUGCCUGCCACCUUCUGCAGCAGCCCUGUCCGCUACCAGGGGCAGAAGAUCCGGGACCUGGCCCUCAAGGACUUUGACUGCAUCACGACAGACUUUGUGGUGCACCAGGUCCUGCCAUUCCAGUCGGUGUCAGCUGAGCCCUUUGUCUACAGCAGUGACCUCUACGUAGCACUGGCCCAGCCCAGUGCCAGCAGCUGCACCAUCCUCAAGUGGGACUAUGUGGAGCGCAAGCUAAGGGACUUUGACCGCAUCCCUGCUCAUUCGGCCGUGUACUGCAAGCCCAUCGUGGCUCAGUCGCAGCUCUACGUGGUGGUGGCACAACUCUUCGGCGGCUCCUACAUCUACCGGUGGGACACCAACGUGGACAAGUUCAUCAAGAUCCAGGACAUGGAUAGCAGGAAGAUCCGCAAGCCCAAUGACAUCGAGGCCUUCCAGAUUGACGGCGACUGGUAUUUCGUCAUCGCCGACAGCUCCAAGGCCGGCUCCACCAGCCUCUACCGCUGGAACCAGAAUGGCUUCUACUCCCACCAGGCCCUGCACCCCUGGCACCGCGACACCGACGUGGAAUACGUGGAGAACGAAGGCAAGCCCUGGCUCAUCAUCUCCAGCAGCUCCCAGGCCCCUGUCAUCUACCAGUGGAGCCGUGCCCAGAAGCAGUUUGUGCAGCAGGGGGAGGUGGCCGAGGUGAUGGACGUGCAGCUGGUCAAGCACUUCAAGUUCAAGAAAGACAAUUAUCUGUGCCUCAGCCGCUACAUCGGGGACUCCAAGGUGGUCAAGUGGGAGGGGCAGCGCUUCACCGAGCUGCAGACCCUGCCCUCACGGGGCUCCAUGGUCAUGCAGCCCUUCCUGGUGUCCCAGCGCCAGUACAUGGUGCUGGGCAGCGACUUCUCCUUCACCCACGUUUACCUCUGGGAUGAGGAGAAACAGAAGUUUGUCAAGUUCCAGGAACUCUCCAUCCAAGCCCCCCGGGCCUUCCACUACGUCCCCUUGGAGGACAUGGAUGUCCUGCUGGCCCCCAGCUUUAAGAGCAGCACGCUGGUCUACAGGCACGUUGUGGUGGACCUCAGCUUGUAGGGGGUGCCCCUGCCACCUGCCCAGCUCCCUGCCUCACGCCUAGACACUGUGCAGAGAAAAUGUUCUUCCACUUGCAACACCCCUGGAGCAGGGGACUCCAGCGCCCUGCCUCUCCUCAGGCUAAGGCUUCCUGUCUGUGCCCAUGUGCUGCCCCACAGCCAUAUCCAGGGACAGGUCCAGAACACAUACAUACUCACACAGACCCAUGAGUACAUGCAUACCCAGCACACAUUCCAUCCAGACACUCAUAUUCAUGAGUGUAUCCUCACCACAGUCAUCCCUCCAUAGAUAAACUCAUACCCACAUGCCCUCCAGCAUCUCGUACACAUUGCAUCCCUGCCCAUCUGCCUUCAGCGUGCGCACACUCCAACACCCCCAAGUACACUCCUUCCCAGUCUUUUAGCCAUACCAUGUGCAUCUACACUCACUCUUUAUAUGUCCAUACAAUCCCUGUGCACCCCAUUAGGAACAAACACACGUUCCUGCACCCCUUACCCUCACAUCCAUCUCCCUGCAUCGAGUCUUAUAUUCAUGCCCAUAUACUGCCGUGGAUGGACACCCACGUCCAUGUACACCCUCAGAUCCGUGCCUGUACACAUCCACUCUCACUACUGCACUUUCCACGCACACACAGCUACUCCCGUGUGCACAGUCUUAUGGGCAAACCCAGAUUCGGUGCAUCGGCGGUGCACCACAUCACGCUGCCUCUCCCACCCACCGACACACGCAUGCAUCCCUGUAUCUGUCACCCCGAACCCUCCCUGCAGUUCCCUCUGCACACAUGCUCCUGUCCCCAUACACAGCGCUGGGGAUCGGGCCUGGAAGAAGAAAGUCCCUUGUCGUGACUUCUCCCAAACUCUUCCUGCAGCCUCUGCCGCACUUCCUGUAGCCAUCACCCAUGUUCAGACUGUAGAGACACUGCUCUAGGCGGCUGCACCACUCCUGAGACCACCUGACCCCCUUUGUCUCCUGCAUCCGCCCUGCAAGAGGGCUCUUUGGAAGUGUGCCCAGUGGCAACAUCAGCCCAGAUUGUCCCAGCUUCCUCAGUGAGCUGCCUUCCAAGGCCCACUGGGAGCUAAUGGAAGUAUAGAGGCACCCUUUGUAUCUCCCCCACUUUACUGCAGUGACCUGCUUUGCUUCCCUCCAGGCAUUGUCUCUCUGUCAAGCUGCAGGGGGCAACAUUGUCCAGUGGUUAGUGUAAGGGACUGGGGCUCAGAGUCCAGGCUUGGCUUUUCCACUGAGCUGCUGUGUGACCUUGGGUAAAUUGCCGUGCCUCAGUUUCCCCUUCUGUAAAAGGGAGAUACUGUUGCUCGACCUCCUUUGUGAUCUGCAGACAGGAAGAGCUAUCAGCAUGCUAGCUAUCAAGUCUAGUGCAUGAGCCCAUGUGCCUUGGGUGCAUAAAUCCCCAUGCACAAAUCCAGGGCCAGUGGAGAGGGUCAGAGAGCAUGCGCUAGUGCACAACUCUAGUGCACGUGCCCAGUACACCAUCCCCGUGCAUAUGCACCGGUGCACAAUCCCAGAGCAGAAAUGUAGUGCAUCUGCUCCAGUGCACAAUCCUGCUGCGUAAGCACCAGUGCAUCUUUCAGGGCAGGCUGGAUGAGCAGCUAAAGGGAAAUAUCCCUGUUCUGGUUUGUCUAGUGUGUGGAUUUCUAUCCUGCUUUCGCUUGCCAUGUGCGUACAUGGCUCAAGUUAAACAGAAUUGCUGGCAGCCACAGCGACAGGGAGUGACAGGAGAGACUCCUCCAGGGAGUCACACAUCCCAUACAAGAGAAGGAAGCCAGGGUUUCCUGAACUACCAAGUUUCAGCCCACCCAGCUCCUGGCGUGAUCCCAGUGCUGGCUUUGCCUGGCCUUUGAUGUUUAUGGAUGACAUCAACCAAUGGCCACAGGGCCCAGAUCAUCUCUCGGUCUCACUAGUAUGUUCCCCACUGAAAGGGUGGAGUCGCGUCGGUGUCAGUGAUAGGAGCAAUUGUCCCCUGUAUUCUACUCAGGGAGAUAGAAUUCCAGCCCCCAGGCUGAUUCUCAUUCACCUCUGAGCCCCUUUACACCACAUGCCCAAAGAGCAUGUAACUAAUCGACUCCCAUGUAGAGGCCAGGUUGGCACGGAGGGGCUGUCGUGUCUAUAAGAAUUAGACCCGUAGUGUCUCGAUGUCCCCUUUGUCUCUAGUGCAUCACCGGGGAUUGGAGCAAAGGUCCCAGUUUGCUCUGUGAUUCUAUAUGUCCCAGGCAUUGGUAGGCACAGAGCAGCUCAGCCGGCGGUCGUUUCCCAGCUGUGGGAAAAGCCUGCACAUCUACAAGACGUGCAGCGAGGAGCUCUCCCUUCAUACUGUGCUUAUUUCCUCUGAUCAUCAGAGAGGGAGUGGGGACUGGUUCCCUGUGCCCAGUUUGCUGAUAUCCUGCUUGUGUGUUGGGGAAACGAGACCCUGCGCCUCCUCACUUCCUCAUAGGGUGCCUAGAGAUGGGGAACAUCAGAAAGUUCUGCUCCAAACCCCCUCUCCUCUGGGGUCUCUGGGCCUCUUGCAACUGCAGACCUCAAAGGCAGGGGGCUUUCUGGUGGGUCGGAACCAGGGAAAAGGAACUUUGGUAGUUGGUUUUGGUGCUUCAUCUCCUGGGAGGCUAACCAGGCGAAGGCAUCUGUUUCCCAUUACGUCUCUCUGUUUAUUCAUCCAUAUUGCCGAUCCACAGACUAGCCCCAUCUCUAGCCGUUUGUUUCUAUGGCUCAUGUCCUCAAAAGUCUUUAGGUGCCUAAUUCCCAUUGAAAUCAAUAGGUGGUAGGCACUUAAAUACCUUUGAGGAUCUGGGCCUCUAUCCCUACUUAUCCCUCCUUUCCCCCAACAGUUUGGUCAUGCAAAGCAUGGAAGAGCUGAGGAUGGGCUAUGUGUCGCCACCUCCUGCCUGUGGGUGUGGUUUCACACAGGAGAUAAAAGCCUACUAUUGCUGCUCACUGCAGGAAUUAUCCCUUUAGCACUGAUGGCUCCAGGUUCAAACCCUGCAGGUUGUUACUGGUGGAGGAUAGGUUGUUACUUUUGCAGUAGGGAUACCUAGAAAGAAGGGGAAGGCUGAUCAGCAGGUGAGGACUUCAGGAGGGUUCCCCUAUCCCUAACAGAGAAUGAGCCUGAGCUCUUCAGGGCAUCUCGCCUGUCCUAACCAAUUUACUCCUGAGCAGCAGUGCCCCAGUCUCAAACCCGCCUUCCCCUGCAGCUCCCACAGGCCCUGAUCCUCCUCCCAUUGGAGCGAGUGGCACAGCUCCCGCAGACUCCAGUGGGAGCAGGAGCAGGCUCAGGGGAGCCUGCUGUCAGUGUGCAGUGACCCCAUCAGCAGCCUCCUGUUCCCCUCGCUCUCCAGCGGGAGAGAGGAGUAGCCCUGAGGUUCUUUCGCCAUCUGCUGGGGAGUGGUGACAGGGACGGCCUGAGCCUGCUGUGCGGGGGCUGGAGCGGGGGGGCUCCACAUGCUGUUCUCUCAUCAGCUGCCUGUAGCUUUCCUCUCGGCCACACUGCCCCUCUCCUCAGCCCCCCAGAGCAGGAUGCUCUCUGCGUACGACUUAUAACCGAGGUGUACAAGCUCUACCGAAAUGCUUCCGAAAAUAAACGCACUGUGACACUU